AAAUAAUGACACUAUAAUUUAUUACAAUGUAAUCAAGACUUACAACUCUGAUUAUAUCAUUACAAGAAAGAAAAACUUUCAACUUCAUGUUUUGUGUGAAAUGAAGCAGAGCACUGUUGUAGAGACAAAAUUUAUUGUUCGAAAUGCAAUUGACCUUACUCAAAAGCAAACUGGCCAUUACAAUGUGUGUCUGGCAUUCUACUCAUCAGGAUCAUUUGCCCAUAAAAUUACACAAUCAACAUACUAUGUUUCACUCAACCAGAAUUUAUAUCUUCAAGCUACUCUUCACAGUAGUGAUGCAAACCUUGUACUAUUUCUAGACACAUGUAUCACAUCUCCAGAUAGUAAUGAUUUUACAACCUUGUCCUAUGACUUAAUCAGAAGUGGAUGUGCACGAGAUUCUUCUUAUAGAAACCUGCGCUCACCAAGUAACAACGUAGUUCGUUUCCGAUUCAACUCCUUUAAGUUCCUUAACAGGCACGAUGCAGUUUAUAUGCAAUGUAUAUUUGUAGUGUGUACGGCAAAUGAUCGUUCAUCCCGAUGCUACCAGGGAUGUUCAAGUAGAAAAAAGAGAGAUACAGAUGAACUUCAGGAGAACGUAAAUGUUAUUGUGGGACCACUCAAGCUUCAGAAAUAUGUGAAUGGAGUUCAAAAAUAGUGUAAUAUUUCCAUUUGACUAUGUUUUCUGGUUAUAAUUAUGAAAGCUAGAUAGAUACCAAUAAAAAUAAUCAUACCCAUGUAUCUCUAUGGGGAAGAUAUCUCAAAUCCAUGGCUGAAUAUUAUCUUAAUUACAACCAACUAAAACACAAUGAAAUAAUAACACAACUUUUUAAGUUGCUCAGAGUUCUUCAUCAGGCAAUAUUAGGGGAUGGGGAAGAAGAAGGUUAGUCUUAACAGCAUUUUACAUAGGUAUUUUCUUUAUUUUUAUGGCUUUUUCCUAAGCAGUAAACUAAAACUAAUAAAUGGCCAUGCAAUCUACUGACACCAGCCUAUCAUGAUAAACAGGCUGUUUAAUUUAGUCAAGCACUUUAUGCAAAAAUGCCAAAGCCCUCUUGACGUUUGUGUUUGUCAUGGUGUUUUGCCUUAAGAAAAUGAUUGUGAGUUGACCAAUAACAUAUUCUAAUUAAAACCAUUAGUUCUAUCCAAAUAAUUUUACUAUUUGGUACUGGAAAGCAGCUAACUUUUAAAUGUCUUAUUCUCUACAUGUUUUGUCAUUCUCAUUUGAUUAAAGUCUGACCCAGAGUAUAUACCAAUUCUGAUAACCAACUUACACAGAAGUAAUAUGCAGCUGUAUUUCAUAUACAAAGGAUGCAUACUAGCUGUAUUUAAUGGAUACAUCGUAUAAAUAUAUCAUGUUACCGUAGUAUCCCUUCUUGCUCUGAAAAGCAAAACAAGUACUUUAACCAACUACCUUUGAGAAUAAUUUUGGAUUAUUUUUCCUUCUCCUAUGCCAAUGCCACUUAAGUGGCAGCUUCUGCUGCAGAGAGAUUGAAUGGUACAUUCAGACUUGGUCAGACUUUUAAUACAAAGAAUAAUUUGCUGGAGGCUAAAGGUGUCAUCAAAGUCCAACAUGGGGACUGAUAAACUAAUGGGAAAAGGGAUAAUUUUUAAAGAACUCCUAAAGAUGGAUGUGCUACAAGAGUGAGGAGCUUUACGAUUUCAUGCUGUAUAUAUGGAUAGAAGAACUCUGUCAUUAAAUUAAUCUCAAAUUAUAGGAAAUUGUAUUUUGCUUCCAGUACAUUGCAAUAAAACUGCUACAUCUUUGCAAA